AAACCUGAACCAUCAAUAAAUGACAUGACCAAUGGCAACGUGUCUGAGCGGGGUUAUAAGUUCGGUAUUUUUUUUUUGUUGUUUUGUUUCAGAAUUGAAUUUUUUGGAAUUGUAAACAAAGCAAAACAAAAUUUUUUUUGUUUCAAAAUAUUAAAAAUGGCAGAAUUUAAUUUGAAAAAAUAUUAUAAAUCAAUUCAUGAUGAAGAAAAAUCAUCAGCCAUAACAACAUUAAAAACAUUGAUGGAAUUUUUAAAUAAUGAUAAAUCAUCAACAGCAAGUGAAUUAUCACAUAAUCUACGUGAUGCUAUUAAUCAAUUAAAACGUAUUGAUCCAUUGUUUGAAGUUGAAGCUGUUUCGGAAAUUUUUUUUCGUUUUAUCACUUUGAGUGCAGCUAAAUUUGAUGAUUUCAAAGAACUCAAAGAAGAAUUAUCACGACGAAGCACUAUUUAUAUGGAUAAAGUAUCAAAAAGUCGUCAACAAUUGGCAAAAGUUGCACAAAAAUUUUUAAAUAAUAAUUCAACCAUUUUGGUUCAUUCAUUUUCAAGAGCUAUUUAUGAAACAUUAUUAGAAUGUCGUAAUCAGAAUAAAACAUUAGAUAUUUAUGUAACUGAAUCAGCACCAGAUAAUCGUGGUCGUGAACUUUGUGCAUUGUUAAAAUUGGAAGGUUUUGAACAAGUAACAUUGAUUUUAGAUUCAGCUGUUGGUUCAAUAAUGGAUCGUGUUGAUUUGGUUUUGGUUGGUGCUGAAGGUGUUGCCGAAAGUGGUGGUAUUAUUAACAAGAUUGGUACAUAUCAGAUUGCUAUUUGUGCUAAAGCAUUAAAUAAAACAUUUUAUGUACUUGCUGAAAGUUAUAAAUUCAUUCGAUUAUAUCCAUUAUCACAAUCGGAUAUACCUGAUCGUAUACGUUUUCGACAAUUACCAUUAUCAAAUAUGAAUCGUGCUAAACAUGAAUGUCAUGCUUGUGUUGAUUAUACACCACCGGAUUAUAUAACAUUAUUGUUAACCGAAUUAGGACCAUUAACAACAGCUGCUGUUUGUGAUAUGUUGGUACAAUUGUAUACCUGAAAAUCCGUAAAAAAAAUCAAUUCCGAAAAAUUUUUUUUUUCAACAAAAAAAAAAUCUUAUCCAAAUUCAAAAUUUUUUUUUUUAAAAAGAAAAAAAUCCGAUCCAAGACGAACCAUUCGGAUAGGACGUAUCGAGGAUUUUAUUUUCUAUUUUUGUUUAUUUUAUUUUUUUUUCCAAUUUCGAUGAAGAAAUUUUCCAAUGUGAUUUUUUUCUUUCAUCCAUAAACACAUACCACACACAUACAUUUAGGAUUUUUUUUUUCUGUUUUGAUAAAUCAUCAUUACACUUUUGAAUUGCGUCUUUGUUUUUGUUUUCUAAUCGAAAAUUCUCAUACAAAAAAAAAACAAAACAUAGUGACUAAUUUUAUUGAUAACCAAAAAAUAAAUGAAAAAUUUGCAUAAACAA